UGACAGAUAAACACUGUACUGAGGAACGUCGCGCAGCGAGAUAUAUUAGUUUUUUUUUACUAUCGCCAUGCGUUUGAUUUACUUUACAAGUAUACUUAUUAUCCAAGCAGCGUGUGCCCUGCGAUUUCGCCUUGGACGUGACAAAGGUGGUAACUUGGGCGCCCCCCAUGUGGAGAAUGUUGAAUUACCCAAAGCGCAGUGGUUUAAGCAAAAGCUUGACCAUUUCAGUCCAGCCGAUCAGAGGACUUGGAAGCAGUGCUACUUUGUAAAUGAUACCUUCUACAACUUUUCCAACCCCGGUCCUGUGUUCCUGAUGAUAGGGGGUGAGGGCCCCGCAGAUCCCAAGUGGAUGGUCCAAGGAGCUUGGAUUGACUAUGCAAAGAAAUUUAAUGCUCUGUGCAUCAAUUUGGAACAUAGAUAUUAUGGAGAAAGUCAUCCCACAGAAGACAUGUCGGUAAAGAACCUGCAAUACUUAUCAUCGUCGCAAGCACUGGCCGACUUAGCUUACUUCAUACCUGCGAUGAAUAACAAGUACAAGUUGGCCAAAGGAGUUAAAUGGAUAGCGUUCGGCGGCUCGUAUCCCGGCUCGCUAGCUGCCUGGCUGCGGCUCAAGUACCCGCACCUGGUGCAUGCUGCUGUCUCCUCCAGUGGCCCGCUACUGGCUAAAGUUGACUUUGUGGAAUACUUUGAAGUCGUGAUCGAUGCGUUACGAGAGAAAACUGGGAAGGACGACUGCGCCUACGAAGUUAAACAGGGCCACGCGGAAAUCGUUAAACUGAUGGAAACCAACCCUACUCUUAUUCAACACGAAUUUAAAGUCUGCCAGCCCUUCGACAGAGCAACAGCGAACGACCUGAACAACUUCUACGACACGCUGGCGAACAACUUUGCGGGCGUCGUGCAGUACAACGAAGACAACCGCAUCGGCAGCAACCCCAAGUACAGGAACGUCACUAUUAACACUAUAUGUAACCUGCUUACGGAGGAAACCGCCCGGCCAUCGCACAUGAAGCUGGCCGACUUCAACUCCGUGAUACUGGAGGUGGAGAACCAAACCUGCCUGGACUACAGUUACGACAACAUGGUACAGGAGCUUAGGAACAUUACGUGGAGUAACGAAGGAGCCCGCCAGUGGAUGUAUCAGACGUGCACCGAGUUUGGUUUCUACCAAACCUCUACGGGCACCACGCCGUUUUUCGGUGACAAGUUUCCUGUGGACUUCUAUAUUCAGCAGUGCCAGGAUAUAUUUGGGAAGAAGUUCAACAAAAAAUUCGUAAACGCCGCGGCCGCCUGGACGAACAACUACUAUGGCUCGCUAGACAUCAGUGCAAGCCGCGUGGUGUUCGUGCACGGCUCGGUGGACCCGUGGCACGCUCUCGGCGUCACCACGCCGCGGGACAACGCCCCGGCUAUCUAUAUACACGGCACAGCACACUGCGCUAACAUGUACCCGCCCAGCGAAAAAGACCUGCCGGAGCUAAAGGCCGCAAGGGUCAAAAUCGAACAACUGCUCUCCGAGUGGUUAGCUUCGUGAUUACGACACCGCAACCAACCAAUCCGCUCUCUAUUCACUGAAUGCUCAUAUUUGGUUUCCUUGUUAUCGAUAGUCUUGCUUUUGUCGUGUAUGUGAUGUCAAUUACGUAAUGACAAUGACUAAUGGCCAUAAUGUUAAGUCAAGUCAAGAGUCUAGAAAUUGCACAUUUAGUGUGCUGAGGCAUAGUGCCGUUGGAUAGAAAAUUUUCACUAGAAAAUUUUUCAGAAUUUUAUAUGUAUUUUUGUAUAACAGUCGAAAUUUUCUAUUUCGUAAAAUGAAAGUUUCCUUUGUUUCCUGUGAAAUUUAGCAAUUUGGACAUCUGUAGUCUCCAUAGAAACACAUUUAUUUUAUUUUAUUUUAUUUUUAUUUUCUUUAUUGGGGAAAAAUCCGACAUAGGCAGAUAUAUAAUACAAAAGAGGACAUAGAUUUAUACAUUAGUAGGUGCAACCUACAUCCUGAGACAAUUCCCACUAUGAUUUGUAAACCUAGGAUAUUUAAGUGGCAUUGUCAUCGGAUUGAGGUAUAACGAGAUAAUAGACGGAAUAACGGAAUACUUAUGUUACCAGUGAUAAAUUAAUAAUUUAAAUAGAUGAGUUUAAAUUCCAGUACUUUACUCAUGCUUUACGUUCGCACUUACACAUUUUAGACCAUCUCAGGCCUAGGGUAGGGUGGUCUAAGACUGCGCACUUAAGGUUUGAGACGUGAUAAAAUAAAAACAAACGGUAUAAAUGAAAUCAACUUUUGUUAUUCCCGAAUAACAAGACAACAAAAUUUUAAACACUAUUUUACAUAUUAGAGCAUAAUUGAAAAAUGAGAAAUGCGCAUUCUUACACUACCUGUGUUGUAAGAAUGCGCAGCAAGAUGUGUAAGACUGCGCGGGUAGGGUAAGAAUGCGCGAUACCCAAAAAGGCUAUAAUUAUUUACAUAAGUCACAAGCAAAAGCGGCAGCACCCGUGUACGUUGUGCAUUGUUUAUGCCACCAUUCAUUACAAGCGAUGCACGCGAUCCUGUCUUCAGUAAUAGGAUCUUUAUAGAUCUCGCCACAUCACGGGCCUGCCUAAGAGGGUCAACAUGAUUUACAGCAACAUAUCUUGGCUUGUAGAUUGCGCUUGAUGUGUAUCUUUGCUUUCAGCAAAAUUAGCCUCAUUAUAUCGUUCUAUAAUAUAGAUUACAGAAUUAGCCAAGAAAUCGGCUUCAGUGAAUACCUCAGGAUUAUAAGGCGAUAUUCCUGUAGUUUUAAAACUUUCAGCAUCACCUGCGGGGUUUGCAGCUUUGAGACAAGCUGUUGUGAAGGUUUUACACAUUUGGUAUACAGUUAUAGUUCUUCCUGGGUUAUUUCUGAGCCCUUUUUCAUAUUCAUGUGGAAAUGGAUGUGCAAGACUGCGCGCGCAUUUUUACACGGUAGGACCAUGCGCAUUCUUACACAUUCCUUCAUUUUCACUAAAGCAUACUGGUAACGCCACCGAUGUAAAAUGACGUGAACUAGCGACUCCCAUUCAAACGCGCAAUCGCAUACGCGAUGCAUAUUCAAGAUCUCAUCUUUUAAUUUACUUAAGACAAUUAGUGACAAUACAUUUAAAUUGAAGAAAAAUAAGAUCAACAUGUGAUAAAAAUUUCAAACUCAGCUAGAGUGUCGUAUUUUCACAGUAAACUAAAUUAAUUCCUGGGGCAAUAAUAGGUGCCAUUACAGUUUAAAACAACACUGAAGUUAGCCACGAACUUCACUUUGAAUCUAAGUUAUGACGUAUGCGCAUUCUUAUCGACCGCGCAGUCUUAGACCACCCUACCCUACCGGAAAUGAACAUAUCGGGACAUAUGCUUUGCUUACUUGGCAACAGGACAUAAAUAUACUAAAUAAAUAUUGCUUGACUGAUGAUAGCAUGUUAUAAGUGUAAAGGCAUGUACAGACUGGUGAAACGUCACAAAUGUAUCAUUCUACAUUUCAUUGCAUGUUCGCUGCAAGCGUAGACGCUUAGCGGUCUUAGCGCGCUCUUACCGCGCAUUCACUAUGACAAAUGUGUGUAUGUGUUUUUUAUUUCAAUGUAUUUGUGUCUCGUUCGUGUCUCCAUCAACUUUUAGAUUGAGUCAGGUCCCCAGAGAAAACCAGCCCCACGGUUUACCGAGGCAUUAUGCUGAGUGGGGAUCCUAUUUUAGCGUCCAAAUGUCUUCUAUGUCUGCAUGCUUUUCUUUUAUUUUAUGUACUAUGUUGUGGCGUUAAAAUAAAUGUAUUUCUUCUUCUUCCUCGCGUUAUCCCGGCAUUUUGCCACGGCUCAUAGGAGCCUGGGGUCCGCUUUGACAACUAAUGUAUACGUAUUUCUUCUUUAACCUCUUGGGGUUCAAUGUCCUAAUACUAGUACAAAUUACCUCCAAUGAAAUUUGCAUCCUUAUUAAACGGAACAGAGUUGCUUUUGUUUUGUUUGAUUUUAAAGCAAAGCAAAAUCUACUCUAUUUUCUAAUACAAUUAAUUCAAAUUUGCCUGGCUAUUUUUCUUAUAUGGUGGGCCGCUAGAGGUUAUAAAUGUAUUUCUUCUUCUUCUUAAAUUAUUACAUUACCUUUUAUGAUACAUUGCAGCAAUAUGUACAGCGAAUUCUUUCAUUGCCUGAUACAUUUUAUGUUACGUUUCUCUACUCUGGUACCUUAAGAAUGGUAGGUUAAACUAAUAUUAUUUUGGUCAUGAUCGAGAUAGUUGAUCAACCUAGACAGAUUGGCUCUUUUUGGUUUAUAUGCUACGAUGUUUGAUAUCUGUGACAGUCAUUGUUUAUGUAUGUAUAACAGCCCUAUAAAAAGCUCCUCUUUCGCUGCAGCAUCCCGAUAUUAUUUAUUGACUUUUGCAAAUAAGAACAGAAGCGGUCUCGUUUUUUGUUGAUCAGAUUCCUAUUAAGAGUUUGUUAAGUAGAUUUUAAGUAAAGGCUAUAUCCAAAUAAAUCUUAUACUUAUCUGGCACAAAAUGACUUUUCUUUCUUGUCUUCACGUCGUAAAAUGUUUUUUCGCUGUGAGCUUAAUAAUGGUGACUCCUGGUUUAACCGGUUAGCCCCGGGUUAGUGGA